CCCCACCUUCCCAGUCCGUCUAUCGCUCAACGGGCGAGGCAAGCCACCCCGCGCCGGGCUGUCUCUUUGGAGGGGCAUUCUUGACGGCUUCGUUCCUACGAUAUUACCGUAUCCCGGGAUUUUGUGCAUCAAGAUAGACUUUUUUUUCUUAAUCUUCAGAACACGGACUCGAUAAGAAAGAGAUAGGUAGACAGACAAAACGCCUGAGCACAUUCAGCCCUCCCUCCUCGAAUCACGUAUACAAACAACUUUACCCAUCGAGUCGAAAACCUUGAGCCAUGUCCAAGCCCAAGGUCCUCCAGCUGGGCGAGAUCGAGCACGCUUACGAGGCAUGGGCUCGUCUCGGUCAGGUCGCGGACAUCGUCAAACCCAAGGCGACAAACCGCGCCGAGUUCCUCGACGAAUGCAGGUCGGGCGCCCUCGACGGCGUCAAGGCUAUUUACCGGACUUUUGCGAGCGUUAAGACCACGGGCCGCAUCGACGCCGAACUGGUCGCCGCGCUGCCCGAGAGCGUGGGCUUCAUCUGCCACAAUGGCGCCGGCUAUGACCAGAUCGACGUGCCGGCCUGCACCCCGCGCAUCCUCGUCUCCAACACCCCGACCGCCGUCGAUGACGCCACGGCCGACAUCACCAUCUGGCUCAUGCUCGGCGCCCUGCGCAACCUCAACGCCUCCGUCCUGUCCAUCCGAGGCCGCCGCUGGCGCGGGAACCCGCCCCCGCCCCUCGGCCGCGACCCGCAGGGCAAGGUCCUCGGCAUCCUCGGCAUGGGCGGCAUCGGCCGCAACGUCGCCAAGAAGGCCGCCGCCUUCGGCAUGUCGGUGCGUUACUUCAACCGCACCCGCCUCGACGCCGCCCUCGAGGCCGAGUGCGGCGCCGAGUACGUCGACUUCGAGACGCUGCUCCGAGAGAGCGACGUCAUCUCCCUCAACCUGCCGUUGAACGCCCAGACACGACACACAAUCUCCCACGCACAAUUCGCCCUCAUGAAACCCGGCGUCGUCAUCGUCAACACGGCGCGCGGCGCCGUCAUCGACGAGGCCGCCCUCGUCGACGCCCUCGCCUCGGGCCGCGUCGCCAGCGCGGGCCUCGACGUCUUCGAGAAUGAGCCCGACGUCCACCCAGGCCUGCUCGACAACCCCAACGUGCUCAUCGUCCCGCACAUGGGCACCUGGACCGUCGAGACGAGCGUCAAGAUGGAGGAGUGGGCCAUCGCCAACGCGAGGCGCGCCGUCGAGGAGGGCCGCCUGAACAAUGUCGUCGUCGAGCAGAAAGGGCUGGUGCAGGAGUGAGGGAGGACCGAUUGAUAUCCAGGGCUUGGGGUUUGGAAAGGAGAGAGAGAUAGAGAGAGAGAGCCCGCGUUGGACAAUUCUCGGUAGGCAAGGCACGUACUGAGUCUCGGUCAUCUUUGAUGCCUUAGUCGGUUCGGCAGUCUAACCAUGGCCUCGAACCCACGGGGUUGGAAGCAAUCAACACAAUGAAUCUAACAAGCGGCUCUGCGUGAGACUGUGUAGACAAGACAGCAACUAUCAAGGACGUUGAGGACUUGGCCGGACCCAUCCAUUCGAGUCCGGCCACGCACAAGGAUCAACAUACAUAGCUCAAGACUCGGUUGUUCGCGACGUCAACCGGCACCUCUGCGGCCACACACACAGGUCUUAACUGCAAAUGUCAUUUGGCCAUGCAACCAUGGCCGGUCAUCAUACCAGGCCUAGAUUCGGAAUCACGUUUAUCAAAAGUCACAUCAAUAAUCACUGGGCAGAGGAAUAUUUGCUCAGGACGCAUAUAUUUGUUUAUGCGGACCACGGUUGACGGGUCCUAAUCCUCGAGUUGAUCUACUCGUUACCCCUAUUUCCCAUUUCCGGGGGUUGAGUCCCUUUUUGAUUGUCCCGCUCCCAUUAAGUCGGGCCGACGUAGAAGAGAAAGAAAAAAGGACGACGCAAAAAUACAAAAUGCCAUGGUCUGGGGAAUCACUAUUCACAAGCCAACGCCUAUUUUUUGUUGAAAAAUCUCGCAGCCAGGCAAACCCCCAAGCUCUUUUGAGUUUCCAGCCCGUAACCGCCCCCAGCCGAGAUUCCCUUUCC